GAGGAGCUGGGGUGGCCCCUUAAAACGACCCAAAUGGGGACCCCCCCACCAUUAUCUUAACAGAUGCCUUCGGCCAGAAUAGUUCCCAAUUGAUUCUGCGGGGUUGUGGCCCCCUCCUCCUCCACAUUCUAAGGCAGGCUGGGGACACGUGGCCUGCCCCACCCUUGUUGGCUUCAGUUUCUGAGUCGCGUUGUACUGGCCUGCUUUCUGGCCCUUCCCAUCAGCCGGGAAGCCUGGAUCGUGGGCUGAGGGGAGCCGUAGCUGCUCCCACUGCCCCAAGCUGCUAGGUACCUGCUCUGGGCCCUGGAACCCUUUAAAACCGACAGCAAAACUCUAGAAGAUUGCAUCCUGGUACGUGAACAGAGCCAGAUCUCACACUGAGCAGCUGCAGACGGAGAAAUCAGAGAAAGCACAACCAGCCUCAGAUUCCGAGGGGCCGCGGGGACUCCUGCUCCGAGGGAAGACCCUGAGGCCGCACUCCGGUCAGGUCUCCGCUGCCAUGGAGCCCGCAGCCGCCACGCCCCGGCUGUCCUCCGCACGGCCAGGCAGAUAGGGUGGCGCUGCCCCAGGAGCACCUGCGACCCCUGCCAGGCCAUCUCCCUUGGCCAGCCCUUCUUCCCCUUGGGGCCACCUGUGCUGACCUGAUGCCAUGUAGGCCCCCUCGGGCCUCUGGGGACAGACACACCACCGGGGACUCCGCCUCUGCAGUCUGGGGGACCCUGCGCACCACCAUGCCCCGGGGAUUCGCCUGCUUCCACUAUCUCGGCAUCCUCCUCGGCAUGGCCUUGGGGAACCAGGGUGUGGAGGAGUGCGCCAUCACUGGCAUUCUGCGGGACAAGCUGCAGUACAGGAACCGCCUUCAGUACAUGAAACUGUACUUCCCCAUCGACUACAGGAUCAGCAUGCCUUACGAAGGGGUGCUCAGAGCGGCCAACGUCACGAGGCUGCAGAGGGCCCGGGUGAGCCAGCAGGAGCUGCGCUACCUGUGGGUCUGGGUGAGCCUCAGCGCCACCGAGGCCGUGCAGGGGGUGCUGCUUGAAGGCCACCCGUCCUGGAAGUACCUGAUGGACAUCCACACUCUGCUGGUGGAGGUCAAGCAGGCCCUCGAGGUUGUGAAGCCCAGCCCCCGGACGGAAGCGCCGUCCCUCCUGCGUGCCCGGGGGCGGAGCCUGAAGCUGGUGCGGCCCAAAGCCCUGCUGGACAACUGCUUUCGGGUCAUGGAGCUGCUGUACUGCUCCUGCUGUAAAGAAACAUCCAUCCUCAAUUGGCAGGACUGUAAGGUGCCCAGCCCUCAGCCCCACAGCCCAGAGCCCCCGUCGCAGUGUGUGGCCGCCUAGCUGUGCGCCCCAGCAGCCCGCUCCCUGGCCCGCUCCGGCUCCAGGGCCACCAGCCUCACUGUAGCUCCUGAGGGCAGAAGCCUCCUGCCCAGCGCCCGGUGAGGCCCUCCCACCUCCGACCGGGCCUGAGAUGUCGCUGGGUAGUGGGGGCGCCCCCCCUUGGGAGAGACCCAGGGAGGGCUGUUUUCCUUUUGGGGGAUCCUGUGAGGAGGUGGGGUGGGGAAGGCUCAGCUUCCCACCCUCAGUGCCUCACAAGGUCUCUCAGGGAGUUUUGGGGGCCUGGGGACACCUAGAGGUGAACAGGACAGCUCGCGGCCCCUCCUGGCACCGACCAGGAGCUGAGCCAGGUGGGCAGGUGGGCGUGGAGGACACAGGACUCAGCCAGGCUGGGGAGAGGGCAGAGCCAAAUGCCAUAUCUUGCCACAGUGGGUUCUCUGCCAGUUCAUUUUUUUCUAUUAAACACCCACUUUAUUUUG